AUGCAAAACCAACAACUGCGUCAACAAGCCAUCAACUUAUACAAACGAUUUCUAACAAUGAUUCCCCACUAUCCAGGAGAAGAAAACCCACAAGUACUCAAAGCUCGUUUAAAGAAAGCAUUUCUUGCAAAUAAAGCAAAAUCCGAUAUGGGUGAAGAAGAAUUUAAAAAUCAACUUGCAAGAGGAGAAUAUGUUUUAAAAGAAGUAGAGGCUUUGGUGAGAUUAAAAAAGUAUCGUACACUUGAUAAGAGAUAUUCUGCUCACCGUUUGGAAAAUAGUCUAUUUCAAAACAACGAAGAUCAGAAAUAA